AUGGUGGCCUCGGAGCUCACGGCGGGGUUCACACUUCCAACUACUGGCAGUUCUGCAGCGUUAUCAGCUAUGCAUCCACAGGAGGAUGAAAAGCUUUGGACGAGAAUCUUGUCGGAAGUUAGUUCCAAGUCAUCAUCGACGUUUCAGGGCGGAACACUCAUCAUUCUCGGUGAAAAUCAGUCGGGAAAAUCGUCAUUGCUGGCUCGUUUGGAAAAAAAUGAGAGUCAAGGGGAACGAUCAGCCCUUGAGUACCAUUACUUAAACGUUCAAAACGAUUUUCGAGAUGGCAGCUACGCAUAUCAACUGGGUACAGCAGGCGCACUUGGUCCAGCUGAAAAUUUCAGCUUACCAGUUUGGAUGCUAGAUGGAGAGGAAUGCUUUGCUCCACUGAUCCAGUACGCCUUGCCUUUGCCUUCUCCCGCUAAA